CCUCCCUCCUUGCUGGACGCCCGUGGGCGUUUCCGAGUUUGUUGUGUCUGGGCGCUGAACGUAGGGACACCUAGGAUGCCACGUGGAAGCCGAAUCCGCACUUCUCGUGUGACCCCUCUGGCCGGGUGAGACCCUCGGGGCUGGGGACGGAGCGCGGGCGGCCAGGGCAACGUUCCGUAGUUUGAGGGCUCCGAAGGCGACCGGCGGUGAGACUGAGCGAGCAGUCUGUCGGGAAGGGAUCCGCUUCUGAGGACUCCCCGAGAACGGGGACAUAUUCUGUGCACUCCGGGAGAGGACUCUGAAACGCGACCUUUUCCCUAGACUGGUUGGGGGAAGGGCCUUAGAGGCGUCGUCUAUGAAGAGGCGGGGAAAGAAUGAAUGAUAGGUGUCAAGCUCUUGGAGGUUUUUGUUUGUUUGUUUGAUUUUUCUUACUGUGCUUUUGAGGCUUUCAGGCUAGCCUUGAACUAGCCUGGCUAGCCUUCCUUGGUUUUCCUGACUCUGCGUCUCCAGGGUUGGGGUUACAGGGUUUAAAUGUCUUUAGAAGAAAAAGAAAGGAAAGAAAAUUACCCGUUAUUUGUGUGUGGAGGGUCGAGAAUAUAGAGUUCUCUCCUUCCACCAUUUAGGUCCAGGCUAGCUAACACUUAUAGUUUAUAACAGUUGCAAAAUUACAGUUUUGAAGUAGAAAGGAAAAUUUUGUAGUUGGUUAUUACAACAUAAGGAAGGAACUGCAUUAAAAGGAUUAUUAUACCAUCAGGAAGGUUAAGAACCACUGGCAUCCAUGGCAAUCUCUGUCUGAUAUUUCUUUUUUAAUACCAUAACAUUUUAUUUGAUACUAAUAGAGGAAUAAAAUAAAUGCUGUUUGCUCACUCUGGAGUUCUUGUUGUGUUUUUGAAAUGAAGGUAUUGAUUCUCAGGCUGGCCUUCAAAUGACUGUGUAGAAGAACAGGGAUGAACGUAGAUACACCAGAGCAUAGAUACACCAGGGCAAACGAUAAAAAGCCUGAGGCCUCAGCUAUGCAUAAAGAAAACAAGACUUGCCCAGAAGGCAGAAAUAGUCUCCCCCAGCUAGAGAACACCAGUUAGAUAUUUAAUACCAAGCGGUGAGCCCUUGAAAACAUACUUAGGCAAACCACAGACAGAUUGAGGGAGAUUAUAUUUAGGAAUGUGUAUGUAUACACAUGUAGGCACUUAAUAACAAGAGCCCAUGAAUUUGAAACCAACAAUCAAGGGGCAUAUGCGUGGGUGUUUGGAGGGACGCUAGGGAAGGGAGAGAUGUCAUAAUUCUCAUAAUCUCAAUAAACUAAUAAUAAGAAAUGAAGAAGAGGAAAUAAAUCACUGUGUAGAACUGAUGCUUCUCCCUGUCUCUGUUUCUCAGUGCUGGACUUCCAGAUGUGUGCCACCCAGCCUUGCCUGUUUGACCUCUUCAGGGAACUCCCAAGCCAUUUGUCUGGGAACUGAUGAGUUCUGUUCUUUUCCAGCCGGGCCCCUCAGAUGAGGGCUGCUCCCAGAAGAGCACCAGCAGCUCAGCCUCCAGCCACAGCUGCCGCCCCAUCUGCAGUCGGCUCACCUGCUGCUGCCCCUCGGCAGCCAGGCCUGAUGGCCCAGAUGGCUACCACUGCAGCCGGUGUGGCUGUGGGUUCUGCGGUGGGGCACACCCUGGGUCACGCCAUCACUGGGGGCUUCAGCGGAGGGGCUAAUGCUGAGCCUGCGAGGCCUGACAUCACUUACCAGGAGCCUCAGGGAGCCCCGCUGCAGAACCAGCAGUCUUUUGGACCUUGCUCUCUAGAGAUCAAGCAGUUUCUGGAGUGUGCACAGAACCAGAGCGAUGUCAAGCUCUGUGAGGGCUUCAAUGAGGUGCUGCGGCAGUGCAGGAUUGCAAAUGUGGACCAUCCCCCGACAGUGGAUCAUGGAGAGAAGAAUGUUAAAAGAAGAAAAUAUAACGAGGGCUUUUUACAGUAUGGUUUUACCUCAGCCAUCACAGCGGGGACUGAGAGACCGCAGUGUGUCAUCUGUGGGGUUGUUCUCUCGGCGGAAUCUAUGAAGCCCAACAAACUGAAACGCCAUUUUGAAAGCAAGCAUUCGAGCUUCGCCAACAAGGAUACCAACUAUUUCAGAAGCAAAGCUGAUGGACUCAAGAAAGCCAGAUUUGACACUGGCAGCAAGACCUACAAACAGAACGUGGCAGCCGUGGAAGCUUCCUAUUUGGUGGCCCUCAGAAUCGCCAGAGAUAUGAAACCUCACACUUUCGCUGAGCAUUUACUGUUCCCAGUGGCCAAAGACAGUGUUCGAGUUAUGAUUGGAGACGAAUUUGUUACGAAAUUGAGUGCGGUUUCCUUAUCUAACGACACCGUCCGAAGAAGAAUCCACGACAUGUCUGCUGAUAUCCUCGAUCAGGUAAUCCAGGAAAUUAAAUCAGCUCAACUUCCAGCGUUCAGUAUCCAGCUCGACGAAUCGACAGACGUUGCAAACUGUUCACAGUUACUGGUUUAUGUGAGGUAUAUUAAAGAUGGGGACUUUAAAGAUGAGUUUCUUUUCUGCAAACCUCUUGAAAGGACAACUACUGCCCUUGAUGUAUUCGAGGCAGUCGGCUCAUUUCUGAGACAGCAUAAGAUCUCCUGGGAAAGCGUCUGUGGUGUUUGCACAGAUGGCGCUCCAGCCACGCUAGGAUGUCAAUCUGGUUUCCAGCGUUUGGUCCUAAAUGAGUCACCAAAAGCCAUUGGAGCUCACUGCAUGAUGCAUCUGCAGACACUAGCAAUGAAGACACUGCCACAGGACUUACAGGACGUCAUGAAAAGUGUCCUGAGUUCCGUCAGUUUCAUAAAGGCGAGCUCUUUGAACAGUCGACUGUUUCUGCAGCUAUGCAGUGAUUUAGACGCUCCGAGCAAAGCCCUCCUACUUCACACUGAAGGGAGAUGGCUGUCAAGAGGAAAAGUUCUAAAACGUAUUUUUGAGCUUCGUGACGAGCUCAAAAUGUUUUUUAAUCAGAAAGCCAUACGGCAGUUUGAGGCGCUUUUCAGUGAUAAAAGCGAACUGCAGAAGAUAGCUUACUUGGUCGACAUCUUUACCAUCUUGAACGAGUUGAAUUUAUCACUGCAAGGACAGAAUUCAUCAUGCCUCGAUUUGUCGGAAAAGAUCCAAUCAUUCCAAAUGAAACUUCAGCUCUGGCAGAAGAAACUGGACGAAAAUAAAAUUUACAUGUUGCCUACCUUAUCCGCUUUCUUUGAGGAACAUGACGUUGAACCGCACAAAAGGACGACCGUGGUGACUUCCGUGAAAGAACACUUGGACAUGCUUGCCGGUGAAAUUUCUUGGUACUUUCCCAAUCUACCUGACGUCCCGUUUGCACUUGCCAGAAACCCAUUCACAGUCAAAGCUGAAGAUGUCCCCAAGACAGCACAGGACGAGUUCAUCGAGCUUACAAACAGUGAUGCGGCGAGAGCCAAUUUCUCCACAAUGCCAGUGACACAGUUCUGGGUCAAGUGUUUGCAGUCAUACCCGAUUCUGUCUGAGACGGUGUUGCGACUCCUCCUUCCAUUCGCAACAACAUCUCUUUGUGAAACAGGGUUCUCCAGCUUGUUGGUCAUCAAGUCCAAGUACAGAAGUAGGCUUGUCGUGGAAGACGACCUCCGGUGUGCUCUCGCAAAGACUACCCCAAGAAUUUCUGAUCUGGUGAGAAAGAAGCAGUCUCAACCCUCACACUGAUGUUGGCUUUUUACAAACAGUGUUCUGAAAUGUAGCAAUGUGGUUUACCUCAUUCUAGUAAGACUGUUACCCGUGCCACACUGUGCUUCAAGACAAAAUUUCAUAUACUCGUCAUUAGUAAUAAAUAUUUCCACAGAGAAACCCUGUCUCAAAAAAAAAAAAAAAAAGAUUUUACAAUAUAAAAGUACAUAAUUGUUUUUGUGAUUAA